GGCAACAGAUUAUAGGAGCUGUUUCCCAGAAUGUGGAGUCAGUCGUUACAAGGACAACAGACUUUCAACUGGUUCACACAGUCCCAGCUCCAGUCUGUCAUCAGGAAUGGCAUCGUUCCUGAAUGGUUUCAUGGGAUCCGUUCCAGGAAGGCGGCAGAGGAGCUGCUCGUGCCCAAGCCUCCUGGCUACUUCCUCAUCAGAGUCAGUGAGAGCAGGAUUGGCUACACUCUAUCGUAUCGUGUUGAAGACAGCUGCAGACAUUUCAUGAUUGAUGCACUGGAAAGUGGCCAGUACAUCAUAGUGGGCCAGAAUAGGCGUCACCGCUAUCUGCAGGACCUUGUGGACUUUCAUCGUAGAACUCCCAUCAUGCCUUUCAAUCAGGUGUUGACUGCCGCUUGUGGACAGCCCUCAACUGACCUGACCAACUAUGCAGAACUUCUGUUACCUGAGCGACACCUGAGACCCGAUGACAGUUUGCUACAGAGCAACUCAAUGCAACUGAACUGGCAAAACAAAGAAUCACAGGAGGACGUGAACAGACCAGCACUUCCAUAUCGACCACAGAACCUGGUCAACUCUGCAGUCCUACCUCCAAACAACAAACCAAACAAACAUUACCCAGAUCUGAAAGAAUUAUCUCCUGCCACGAACCAGGUCUGUAUCAGGACGGUGUCUGCACCUGACGGUCUCAGUGAACCCCCUCGGAGCAGCAACUGUCAGCCUGCAAAGAGCCACGACGUGAAGCUGUCAGUCGUCUCCAACCUGAAGAAUCUGAGGAAGAAAUUACAAAAGAAAAGCACCUCACAGCAUCAUUUGUAUGCAGAGAUUACUGUGGAGGCACAAGACAACAGUGAGUACGAGGUGAUCUCAGGCGAGCAGAGUGUCGAUGGGACACAAUUUGGCUGCAAUCAAGCGGAGGAGUUACCUUACGAGUACCUGCAGCCUCCUCCCUUUGCCCCAGGCUACGACGCACAAGUGCACCCUUAUAUGUAGUUUAUGAAUGUGUACUGGAAAGUGUCUUAAAAAACUGAAUCAAAGCAAAGGAGUUAUAUGAUGAGCACCACCGGCUGUGAACGCAGGUCAAAAAAAGCAGCAUACAGGACUAUAUGUUGAGUUACUUUAGUGUAAAGUGAAAUGUGUAGGCCCCAAUUCAGAACUUUAACAUCUAUCCUCAGUGAUCUGAUCGCAUGCGUUCAGAAGGACUGUUCCCUGUCAUUAAAAUGCGUCCUGGACGUGUUUCUUGUGACCACAUAAUGAUCGGACCCUCCUUUAUUCAAAUACAGACUGAUGUAAUGACUGUUUGCAAGAACAAAAUGAUGCCUGACUCCAUUGAACCAUCCUUUAAACCAUUGGAAAAAAGAAAUCAUACCAUAUCAAUGUUAACAGCUUGGCAGCGGCUGCAAAUAAAUGAACAUAAGCGCUGAUUAGUGUAAAACAAUAUUUUUUUAAAUAGAUUUCUGUGAUUGGACAUAAAUUUGCAUUCAGGACGGAUUGAAAAUGUUCACACCUGUACUAAUGGCAACCUGCAUGUGAUGUGAUCACAGAGGAUGGAUGUCUAGAUCUAACACGCUUUUCCUACACAUGCACCCAAACCAUAGCUGUUGAUGCUUUAAUGUUAUUAUUGAGCAUUUUUACUCUGGGUCACACUAAAUUCACUAUAGACACAGAGGGUGAAAACUUCCACUAUAAUAUAGGCAGUUGUUGUUGUUGUUUACAUUUUCUUUUAGUAGUUGUUUAAAGAUGGGAUUCAAAAUGGCUUAAAAUAAAAUGUAAGCAUUGUGAGUACAGUCCAUCUGAGCACAGCCUCAGCAGGCUGGCCAUGCACAUGUCAAAAACACUUCCCCAGGUGAGAGCGUACAGUGAUGAUGGCUGAAACAUUCGAGGAUCCUGUGAUACAUUACUGACAAUGUAUCCUGACAUUAAGAUUUAGUAAUAUGUGCAAAUAUGUCAUCAAAUGAGCCACUAAAUUGAUCACUUCAUUUGUAGAGUCAUGAAAUGAAUGAAUAGUGAAACAAGCAAAUAAAUUACAAGAGUUGACUCAUGACUAAUUACAGAAUAAUUGAAGGAACAAUCAGUAAAAAUCAACUGACUGACCAAACUAAAUAAUAAGGUGAUUUUGAUUAGUGGCGCUUCGACAGACUUCAGGGGCUCCAGGCUAAAGAGAAUUAUGUGUCAUGUAACAUAAAUCAGCUCAGUUGAGGGCCUCAUGCAGACUAUUGCCUACUUUGCCAACACUGCUGUGACACCCUUGCUCUACAUGAGUAGAUAGAAUUAAUGAAAGAGAUGAACCUGCUGUCCAUAUGUGGCAGUAUUUGGUAUCAGUGUAUCAUCUUUUCUUUUCUUGCUACAUAAGAAGAAAUAAUGUAAUCUAAUUAGCAAGUAUAGAAAUGCAACAUGUUUGUUUUUGCUCGUAUUUGAGUAAGUAAAUGACAUAUAUGUGUAAAAAUAUCACAAAUGAGUUAACAUCUGUUAUAGUGAGCACUACACCUUUACUGCAGCAAUCCAUCCACAUGGCAGGUGAGACAUAAGGAGAUGCUAAUUAUAAAGAAUUGCACAGGUGUGCCUCAGACUGGUCACAAUAAAAAGCCGCUCUAUAAUGUGCAGUUUUUCUUGAAGAAGCACUUUUAUUAGGCACUGAGCUCCAGGUUCACAUGUAGGUCAUUUUUAAGGAGGGACAGGGAAACUGUCAGUACAAUUUCCUUUCCCAAAGACUUGAUCAGGAUUUUGACUGUAGCCUGUGGAAUUUUGGUCCACUCCUCCUCCUCCUCCUCCUCCUCCUCCAACGAUGUUGAUGUGACUCUGUACGAUGCUCCAUAUUUUGAUACGUACCUGCCCAGUGGAUGGAUUAUCUUGUAUCUUUUAUUUGUUGCAUGAAUAUUUUGUUAAGUGUACUGUAUAUCGGUCUCUAGGUGAAACUAAUUUGCUGACUACUUUGCUGGUUCUGGGCCUUUUAAUUCAGGCCAGAAGUUUGUGAAUGUCUCUUUUGUAAUGAGCAGGCUGAAAGAGGAAGUCUGGUGUUAUGUAAAUCAGGAAACGAGUCUUUUAAUAGCAGAUACUUUGAAUACAAGAACUUUACACAGCAGGACCUGAUGCAGAUCAGUUAUCAACAGCAGUUCUGUGACAGGCUGAAAACACAGAAACUGGUCUAACUUGUUUCAGAGGUAGAAAAGUACAGGUCAGUAAGAUUUAUGUUGAUAUUUAUGUCUCUGACUGCGCACUUUAUCUAUGAGAAGUAUGAAAAGAUGCAACAUGACUGAGAUACUAUAAAAAAAUAAUAUGACUGUUUUAAAGCCCCUUUGUUUGUGUUUUUGUUUAGUUUUUUGCAGGAACAAAGCUUUUUUUCAUUCACCCAUAUGUGUGUUCCUGCUCUGCUUCCGCACAGUUCCUCAUUUGUUCUUCAUUUCUCACUCGGAACUUUGCAUGUCAUUGCUUCAGUAAAGUGGAUUUUCAGUUUG